AUGGCCAAGAAGACAACACAUCCAAGUCACAAUAAUGACCAAGCAAACCCCAAAUCGCCCUCUCCACAACCUCCUCCGAUCGCAGAUCUCUCCGAAGAUGACCCCGACUCGACAUACCGCGCCAAAGCAAACGUGCUCAACCGUGCGAUCCAAGAAAUAGGCAUGGGCCGAUACCAAUGGCAGCUCUUCGUGGUAAUCGGAUUCGGCUGGGCAAGCGAUAAUCUCUGGCCCAUAAUAACAUCUCUAAUCCUCACGCCCCUCUCCUACGAAUUCGCCGUCACAAAACCGCCACUCCUCACCCUCGCCCAAAACAUCGGCCUCCUCCUCGGCGCCGUAUUCUGGGGCUUCGGCUGCGACAUAUUUGGGCGGCGCUGGGCUUUCAAUCUCACCAUCGGCAUUACCGCAGUAUUCGGGCUCGUCGCGGCUGGAUCGCCGAAUUUCGGCGCGGCUUGUACAUUCGCUGCGUUGUGGUCGCUUGGGGUUGGGGGCAAUUUACCGGUUGAUUCGGCGAUUUUCUUGGAAUUUUUGCCCGGGUCGCAUCAGUUUUUGUUGACUGUUUUGUCGGUUGAUUGGGCCUUUGCGCAGCUUUUGGCGAAUUUGGUUGCUUGGCCUUUGAUUGGGAAAAUGACUUGUGCGGAGGUGGAGGGGUGCACCAAGAGUGAGAAUAUGGGGUGGAGAUAUUUCCUCAUUGCGAUGGGGGGGUUUGGCUAUGAUUAUUCGCCGAAGUACUUGAUGGGUAAGGGGAAGAAUGAUCAAGCGGUGCAUGUCGUGCAUGAGGUCGCGCGCCGUAAUGGCAAGACCUCGUCAUUAUCACAGGCUGAAUUGGAUGGUCUAGACGAAGGUGAAGCGCAGAGUCACAGCGCGACAAGAGUUGUUCGACAGAGGCUGGAAAAGCUGAAGUUCAAUCAUAUUCGCGCGCUCUUUGACACACCCAAACGUGCGCUCUCAACCACUUUGAUUGUGCUUGUCUGGGCCUUUAUUGGUCUCGGAUUCCCUCUGUACAAUGCCUUCCUCCCAUUUAUCCAACAAUCUCGUGGGGCAGAAUUCGGCGACGGCUCCGUUUACAUCACAUACCGGAACUCCCUGAUUGUUUCAACGAUGGGUAUCCCUGGCUGUCUGCUAGGAGGGCUUCUCGUGGAACUCCCCAAUUUCGGAAGAAAGGGCGCACUGUCAGUUUCAACGGGUCUCACAGGCGCUUUUCUUCUCGCGUCAACAACAGCAAAAACAUCGAACGCUUUGCUGGGGUGGAACUGCGCAUUCACCUUCAUGAGCAGUCUCAUGUAUGCUGUGCUGUACGCGUAUACUCCAGAGAUAUUCCUGACAAAAGAUCGCGGCACAGGAAAUGCCCUGACAGCAUCUGCGAAUCGUAUUUUCGGCAUUAUGGCUCCUAUCAUUGCCAUGUUUGCUAACCUUGAGACCGCUGCUCCGGUCUAUGUCAGUGGUGCGUUGUUCAUAGCGGCCGGUAUUCUGGUCGUGUUCAUGCCUUACGAGUCACAAGGGAAAGCGAGUCUUUAA